AUGAAUGGUCCCGUUGUUCCCGAACUGAAAUUUCGAUCCAGCAAACUCUAUCCAUCACCAUCACAAGUAAACUCAGUCCUCAUCAACAUCGACACCAUACACGAAGUGAUCUCCGUAAACCCAACGACAGGCAACAGAACCAGAUGGUCCAUUCCGAUGUUACGACCUUUUCUCGUCGAUAUCAAUCUCCGUAGUUGUAGUCCCCACUACAUCCGGAGGCUUCUCCACGAUAGAUUCGUUAGCUACCCUCCUCAGAUUUGUUUCUGCAAUGCCUUAGCCUCAGAUAUCUCAGAUCUUGCUAUCAAGUUUGGUUUUGGCCACAACGGCUUUACCCUCACCAUGAAUUUCACGCUUACUUACAAGAGCACCGUCCGUGUUCGUAACGACGACGGAUUAUUGGGGAUGGUGGUUCGACUAGGGAUGAUGAAAGCAGAGGAUUUGAUGAGUUUGAACAUGAAAACAGAGCCUUGUUCCAUCUGUCUCGAGAGUCUAGUCUCCGGUUCGAAACCUACCGAAGUAACACGCAUGACGACUUGUUCCCAUGUCUUCCACAAUCACUGUCUCUUGGAGUGGCUCAAGCGUAAAAACACUUGUCCGUUGUGUCGAACUGUGCUCUACGCUCGCUCUAGUUUUUAG